AUGUCUGUUCCUUCUUCAAGCGGUGAUUUACCGGCCGUUUCUACGGCGAAGUUCGGUGGAGGCGGUCUUCCGAGGCCUUACCGAUACAACGAGGCGAAGUUCUCCAAGGUAAAGAUCGAUCCGCCGGAGCCCGUAGCCGGUCCUUUCCUCUCUUGGGCGAGAGAUGCACAGUUGACGAUGAGCAGCCUCCGCUUCGACCGCCGGCGGUCGCAGGGAAGGAUCGAUGGAAGCAUAUGGCGUCUCAGGGAGGAUGAGGAGGAUAAGGAGGAGGAAGAAGAAGAGAGGCGCAAUCAGAAGAAGCGACUCAAGAUGGGAACGGCUGAUUCCGGAGAAUCUGAAGAAUCUGAUGGCGUUGAUGGCUCAGAAGAAGAAGAAGAAGAAUCAGAGAAGGUCCUCGAUUCCGACGAGUCCGAAUACAGUAGCGACUCGGAAGAUGAGGAAGCAGAGGUGGAUGAAACAGAGGACACCACCGAUUUUGACGAAUCCGAAGACGGCGAAGAGGAAGAAGGCGGAGAACAAGAGAUUAAGGGGAAACCGCCAGCUGGGUGUCGCCGGAGCAAGCGACUAAGGAAGGUGGCGGCAUACUCCGAAGAGGAAUGA